AUGGAAGUUAUUGUUGCUUACUGUUUCCGUCAUUCAAACAAUUUGGAUGCGGACUUGGAGACAACUUCGAUACCUGUUGCUGCUGUUCAAGUCACCGAGUUUCUAAGAAAAGAGCCUUUUUCACCAAUCCGUAUAUCUGAAACUGACAUAGCAAGAAGAGAUGAUUUCCAAAACUUCCCCAGUCCGGACCCUACUAUCAAUGGGGUUGACAGCCUCAACGAGAAUACUCUCGAAGCUUUCGGAGAGACAGCAUCGCCUGAUAAACAUAUUGAAUUUCUAAUAAGACGACACCUCGAGCACAUUCUCUCAGUCUGCGCCAUUCCAGUACAACAGUCGCUCCUAAAGCCGGUCGAGGUGGGAACCGCAGGGCCCAAGCCUCGACGAGGCGUCGUUCCCAUAGCUUUGUCUUGCGGCGACAUGUCGGGGCACGUCAUCUAUGCCUCUUCAAGUUUUUUCGCAUUCAUGUUUUUACUUGAAGCUGCCAACAGAUUGAAACGUAUUCACCCAGCGGAUAAGUACGUGUCUGCUAUGCUAGUCAGAAUUUCGACAGUUUGCGAAGGGCACAUGGAGUGGCUCAAACUUGCAGAGCUAGAUGAAGGACUCUUUUCACUAGACUAUUGGCCGACAGGUAAAACAAGGGUUGUGUACAGAUCUUACCUUUUCAGGCAUAUCCGACUACUUGAUAACUCAUUUCGCAUCAUCAAGGCUGGGGAGUUCGCCAAAGUCUAUAACGAGCCAAACACUCAAGAACUGGCUCGCGCUAUUGUUGACAAGGUUUGGGAAUGCUGGGUUGAGAAACUACGACUUUCAGACAAGAGAAGCAUAUCUGUCUGGCCGCAUUGGCUCCCGAAGCGAUACGAUUUGGGAAAUGAGUUCCGAUUAAGUGACCAGCUAUGGAUUUGGAAGGCUCUUAGAAUUGCUGAGGAAAUGGGAAUCUCUCCACCUUCCAACCCUGACAGCCAGAAAAGGGGGGUUUCAGAGCCACCACAAUCAUUUACGCCUCGUGGCUUACAACGAGACAUUGUCAAGCGUUUCACCACUGAGAAUCCUCUGAUAAAACAACGCACCUUGGCAGUCACGCGUUCAGCGCGCCGGGUCCGCUUCACACUCCAUGCGCAGGACACGGUGCUCUUGUAUGGCGAAGAUUGGGGUUUCUUUCACAGGGAGACGAAGUCCUGGAGCAACCUUAUCAAUUUACAAAAGAUUUGCGUGAGUAAUAAAGCUAUGGAAUGGGAUAAUGUGCUUCGAUAUGGCCUGGCUCUUAUGAUGGGAGUUCGUCAAUACUCUAUCAGUGGCCAGCAUCCGAGAGAGCUGACCAAGUCUGCAUUCUCCAGGUUGAUAAAUGUUUCAGGCCAAAAUGGCUUCUUUCCGGGGAAACUGGAUUUUGAAACCAACGAGCCGAUACAGCCUCAAACGUACAGAGAUGAAGUCUUGUCCUUCAAUACUAGUUUCCAAAUUCCGUUCAUCUUGUUUAUGAAUGCUCUCCAAAUUUCCGAGGCCUACCAGGGACUUCGGAAGAUCGAUUAUGAGCUGCCGAUGUCCGAUGAGCCCAAUAAUAUGUGUCUUAAGAUGGAGUCUCCUAUUCAACUUAAGACAGAGAAAUCCGAUUCGAAACCCAACUCAGAGGCAGCCUGCUGGCUUGAAAAGUACUCACUUUUGAGUCCUCAAAAUGACCCGAUGAAUAUCAUCGGCAUCUAUGAGGAAGAAUGGCUAUACGACUAUCCUAGGUUUUUCUCUUCGGAAAAAUUAAUGAGCCAAGAGGAUUUUCGAGAUACUGUAGAGGAGAUGCGAAAAUACAAAUUUGGUUACCCGUGCAGCACUAUUACCAGAGGGAUAGAGGAAUAUCUCUUAAAAGUGAGGCAAGACCCUCGAUUAUCAGAGAAGGGAACGAACUCGCCAGUUCCAGGUUGGGGUGCUUUCGACGAUGUCUCCGAAACGGCUACGGUAUUUGAUGCUGCCAAGAAAAGACCAACAGGAAAGAUUGCGACCCCCAUCAUACGACAGCUCAGUGAUAGUUGCUGCUCCGAGUUACAAGCAACGAAUUUGGCAUUAUGGAAGCAUAUUGGGGGGCCGCGUGAUGCUCUGUAUGCGAAGAAACGUUUUAUCUGGCUGUAUAGAGCAGACAGGGGAACCGCAUUGGCAUGUUUUAUGAGCAACCCAGCGUUUCGUCGAGACAUCAUCAACGGCUAUUUUGACCGUCAUAGCCAAUACGAAAAGUUUUUUUCCGAGACAGUUGACAGGCUGUCUAACAUCUGGAUGACUGAGUUUCAUCUUAGCUUUCAUAGGUUGCUCAGACCUGGUGAAUUAAAGGAUGCGGGUAUUCCGGAGCGAAGGGAAGAAACACUUCCUGGUCGGAAGAAAAAACAAAUUGUUAAGUGCUCAAUAGGUUUCUAUUUCACAGGCGACUUUUUUGACAAACAUUGGACCUGCUAUUUGGUUCAGUACCCCAAAAUGGAAGCCGGAUCCCUAUUAGUGCCGUGUUCUCAUUUUGAUCUGGAUAGAGGACGUCUUUGGAGCCAAAGAAAGAUCCUAGAGCUACGGCUAUUCGACAGAAUUAUGACAAAACUGCUGGAGGGUGCAACAGAAAUAUACAAGGAAAUUGCAAGUGAAUUUGGAUUUCGCAAUGAUGUUUUCACCAUAUCCAUUACCGACAGUGAAGACUAUUUCUCAAGAGAUUGGCUUCGGCUUCAACAUAUGCUGGAAGCAAUCGAAUUGGACCUCACAGAAUCGACAAAAAUCAUUCAGAGGUGGGAAACUCGUGUUAGCGACAGAGAUGGGCAACACCCUCGAUGGACCGAAAAGCACGAACGCAAAUACGGAGAUGAGGGCCUUGAAAAGUUUGUCAUCAUUCAAAGCCAGGAGCAUGUCCGAGGUGACUUAAGUUUACGUGGUGCUGAAAACAUUCGCUUUUUCACUUACGUGACCGUCAUUUUCUUACCUCUGAGUUUUUCUGCCAGCGUUAUGGGUAUGGAUGGUGCACCGAGUGGCAGUUUGAUGCUCAGCAUGAUAGUUUACGCCACUGUAUCACUUGCUCUCACAUUCAUCGCUUUGUACAACGCCGCACCGGUUGGCAAGAUUCUCAGGAAGGUCUUCCAAAGUUAUUACAAAUCUUUUACCAACACGACAAUGCAGCAGAGCUCUCUGCUGCGGUUUCCUAAAUUUUCGUCUCCCUCAGACCUUGACAGGGACGAGUUGAACACAAACGAAGCUGGCGUUGGGUCAGAGAAAAAUCUCACGGGGCAUCCAAGACCUGAAGAAGAUUAUAAUGCCCAUUUCUGGUUUUGGUUUACUUAUAUUGUGAUAGAACUGCCCGCAAGACGCGUCAUAUCAGGAUACAAUGCCCUGAAAGAUGGAUCUCUUGACUGGAAAGCAUUCUACCGCGUCCCAAUCGCAAUAGUUAUGCUGCCGGUAUGUUUGUUCAGCUUUGCAAUUCGAGUUGCGUUCUAUAACUUGAUAGACCUGUUGAAGCUUACAGGAGGCAAGUAA